AUGCUCUCUCUACUUUCCCUGAUUAUCGCAUCAGGGACUGUUUUACGAGCUGACACAGAGGUAAGUCAAAAAUAAAUAAAAUGAAGUAAAGUGUAAAGUGACACAGAUGUGACUUUAGAAGUAAAGUGCAAAACAAGGGCUGUGAUCUUUGUCUACCAUGUUUUCUUUUUCAUUACAUAUGCGGUUUUCGCCAAAUUUCCGUCGUGGCCGUCCUUCCCAGAACACGUCAUCUCUGUCCUCUUUAGCGAACAGCGAAACAGUACUUGAGACUCGAGAAUCGAGAACACCAUUUUUUCCGCAUUUCAAAAAUUGCUCAAAUUAUUUACUGAUCCGAUCAGAAAAUUUUUCGGACUCGCAACCGUACUUGUACAAACACGAUCAAGUAACCGCGGGGCUAUCAAGAACACAACGAAACAGAUCAGUGACACGGCUAUCUUUACCCCCUCGAAAGUCGCAAAACGCGAGGCACACUGGCUAUCUGUGAAGAUUGUUUGAAAACAAAACGAACGCAGCAGCUCACUUAUCAAGUGGCUCAUUCUCAUUCUCGAGCAGAGAAUAUACACAUUUUGCGUGACUGACCAGCACCAGUGAACCAUAGUGAAACGAUGUUUUGUGCAUGUGGAAAAGCACUAAAAACAGUUGUAGUGCUUCUGAUCAUUAUGGGGCUGAACUUCUUAUCAAUUUUCUGGCUCCCGGAAAGUAAUUGGCUAUAAAAUGUUUGCAUAAACAGUUUGUUCGAAUGUUUGCCAGUCAUUCUGCUCAUAUGAUCUCAAAUCUCGAAAUCGAAAUGAGGAAAUGACGAAAGACGCUUUUUUUUUCAGCUUUGGGAGCCGCUCACUUAUCCUGAUCCCAGAACCAAUUCGACAGAAUGCAAUGUACCUCACGAGGGAACACUUUGUGAUCCGGAUCACAUAUUGACCGACACGUGGCGGCAAACAAUACUAGAUAAUGUGGAACAGCACAUGGCCAGUACGUGGCAUUCACUCGCUUUUGUUGACUCGCGAAUUGAAAAGUGAAUUUGCAGAACUACAAGACGCAAAGAUCCAUUACACGGAAGAUGCAAGCCCGGAAUGCCUCUCGAAUAGCACUGAACCGGUUCAGAUUUUUAUUAUUCUGGCAAAAAGAAUUCAUACUGCGAGCAACCAGAGCAUAACCAGCAAUGAUUUGGUAUGUAGAUGAGUUCUCUCAUGUUUUCAUUAAACAACAAAUAUUUUCAGACUCAAUUCGGGCAUGGAAUCAGGGAAGCAUUUGGUUUGGACAGCAUGCCAUGCAAAAACUAUGCGCUGGUUCUUGGUGUGGAAUUGGCGAAACAGAUUUACGUUUGGGUUAGUUCAAGCUUACAUUUUCUUCUCAAAAUACAAAAGUUCUCAGACUGGAUCUGAUCUUGCCAUCCCAAAAGAGGCGCUUGAUAACUCCUUGGCUCAGUACAAGAACUUGUUCACUGAGAGAAAUUACAUGGAGGGUCUGAAUAAGAUCGUGGACGAGAUCAGCUCCCUCAUUAUGGAUCCGUACAAGGAGUACUCAACUACCAUGGUUCCAGAGGAAACCACCGAAGAUGCAUCUGGAACGACUCUUGAGACUGCUAGUCCAUCGAACCAAACGGAAACUGUCAUUCCAGCGUGAGUCCCACUAGUUCAACACAAACAAAUAUUAUCCAUUUAGCUGGAUGUACUCUGUCAUCACCAUCUGCGUUUGUAUCACAGUCCUCACUGUCAUUUUCUUCGUGUUCUUCUUCCUGAAAUACUUCAGAAAUCGCUCUAAAUCCGCUCAAAUCUAUUCAUCGGAAACGAAUCCAAAGUCUGGCGCCAUGUAUGUUCCAGUAUCGCUUGUUCGUAAAUAAUUAUAAAAACAAAUUUAGCGUUAUUCAAAAACAUGAUGCUAAUGAUAAUUAUCAAUUGGAACGUGGCAUUAUCAUGAAUAGAAGACCAAGCAUUGACUCAGAGAACAGUCAUCAGCCGAAGAGUGAGCACAGUGAAUGUACGGCCGAUGGGAGGUUUGUUUCAAAAAAAAAAAGAGUAGUUAGAGUGAUGUCUACUGUUUCAGCUCAAUACUGAGCAUGGAUAAUCUGCACGACACUCAAACACAGUCUUCUGAGCAGAACUUUUUUGCAAUUUGCCAUCAAGACAGUUUGAACAAUACUGGAAAAGUAUGUACUCAGUCCCUUGCCUCCUUCCGAAAAUUCCUUUGAUCGAAAAAUGAACUGGUCAUCGCCUUUUUCUCUUCUUUUCACGACCUCUUCAUGAAAUUGGGUUUUGAUGCUAUCUAAUAGACGGUCGUUAAAGAAGAUGAACGGCUUCCAUUACCCGAUGAUUGGUUGAACAAUUUGAAAAGAAAGAAGGGGGUUUAGGGCUACUGUAAUGGACUGGCUGAAUGGCUUUUGUAUGAACCAACCAGAAAUCAUUGCAGGUAACAUUGAACGACGGAGAGUUGUCGACGGAUCGAGUCAUCGCCAGACGGAACAGUGAUAUGCGCCUUGCUCCGCCGAUAGUUGAGGACCAAUUCUCUUCAUUGUGA